UUUUUUUUCCGGGUCGAUCUGAGACAAUUUUUACUUACUUUAUUACUUAGGGUCAGACGUCUUGCAUCAUAUAAAAAUACAGGGUUAUCGUAAGACUAAAGAUUAAAAACAUAAAUUAUUAGAAACGCAUGCAACUAGUCCAAUUUCUAAAAUGAUCCAAUCACAUACCUGCAGGGUGUAGUCACUAGUCAGUCAAAUUUCCCAAGUUGUUCUUACUUAUUAUUUAAUUCUGUGACUAAGCAAUCCUAAUAAAUACGCCUUAUGAUGUGCAAACGUUUGUUUUUUAAAAAAUGAAACCAAGUACUCUUAAAUAAGCAAUGAUUAAUCAAACAUUUAACAGUUUCCGUAUUUCUCAGAAAAAUCGUGAAGCAUCCUGUACAUCGUCAUUGUGUAUGGUAACCAUGUCCAUUGAUUUUGUAGUGGCGGUGGCGCUGUAAAAUCAAAUCAGCUGUUGUUUUCUUGGCACUUGUCAGUGUCACUGUCACUUGAGUUUUUAUAAUUGUAAUUAAAACACAGCAUUUGAAUGAAGGUAAUUUCUCACAUAAAAUUGUAACAUUCGUAUGUAAGCAACUUUGCUCAACGACUAAAAUCAAGACUGCUCAUUGUAAUGAACCUGUGACAUUGAGAUUCUAAUUGAAGAAAAAUGAUGGAUCCGGAUCUAAGUGGUAUGGACAUAUGUCGAGUGUGUCGUUCGGAAGGUAUGCCCGAACGGCCGCUCUUUCAUCCCUGUAUUUGCACAGGCAGCAUCAAGUACAUUCAUCAGGAGUGUUUAAUGCAGUGGAUGAGGUACUCUCGAAAGGAAUAUUGUGAACUGUGCGGCCACCGAUUUUCGUUUACGCCGAUUUAUUCGCCGGACAUGCCGCGGCGACUGCCCUUAAAGGACGUGAUCGGCGGACUUUUGUCGUCGAUCGCGACAGCUGUGAAAUACUGGCUGCAUUAUACGUUGGUGGCAAUUGCGUGGUUGGGAAUUGUUCCGCUCACCGCCUGUAGAAUAUAUCGUUGUCUAUUUGCGGGAUCUUUGGAUUCGUUUUUCGCAUUACCUUUUGACAUGUUGUCGACCGAGAAUCUUGCAUCGGACGUGUUUCACGGUUGUUUUGUGGUGACAUGCACGCUGUUCGCUUUCAUCGGUCUGGUUUGGCUUCGCGAGCAGAUUUUGCACGGGGGCGGGCCCGAUUGGCUUGAACGGGAGAAUUUGGUCGCGGCGGCAGCUGUCGCAGACGAGCAUUUACCUAGGGAAGAUGAGGAGAAUGACGUAAAUGCGAAUAAUAACGUGAUUAAUCCAGUUCUUCAAGAGAAUCCGAUUGAAAAUCUCAACAAUCAGAAUAAUGUGAUCGAGCAGCACGCGGAGGAGCCCCCCGAAGUUCAGGAGGAUGGGGAUGGGAACGGUGGGGAUGAUAACAAUUGGAUCCCAAUGGAAUGGGACCGUGCGGCUGAGGAGUUGACUUGGGAACGUCUGUUAGGGCUGGAUGGGUCGUUGGUGUUUCUUGAGCAUGUUUUCUGGGUUAUUUCGUUGAAUACACUUUUUAUACUAAUAUUCGCCUUUUGCCCCUAUCAUAUGGGGCUGUUGGCACUUUCCGUUUUGGGAAUGCGCGAACCGGCCACGGCCAGUCACUUUGAAGGGUUACUAACGACCUUAAUGGGCUAUUGUCUUGUCGGCAUGUUUCUGGUGGUUCUCCACCGAAUUGCGGCGCUAUUUGGGUUGGGCCGGGCACGUCGUAUUUUGGGCCUGUGUUAUGUGGUCGUAAAAGUUGCCAUGUUGUCCGUGGUAGAAAUUGGUAUACUCCCCUUAGUUUGCGGCUGGUGGCUGGACAUAUGCUCGCUAGCUAUGUUCGAUGCAUCACUAAAAGACCGCGAAGUCAACUUCAAACUUGCACCGGGCACCUCCAUCUUCAUCCACUGGUUAGUGGGUAUGGUUUACGUUUACUAUUUCGCCUCCUUUGUCUUGCUACUCCGCGAAAUUCUUCGGCCCGGCGUCCUCUGGUUUCUAAGAAAUCUGAAUGAUCCCGACUUCAGUCCAAUACAAGAAAUGAUUCACCUACCAAUUCUGAAACACAUUCGCAGACUGCUGCUCUCUGCCGUCAUAUUCGGCACGGCUGUACUGCUAAUGCUGUGGUUGCCAGUUAGAAUUUUGCGCAGCCUCUUUCCCACUUUUCUCCCAUACACCGUCAGCGUAACUAACGACGCCCAGGUCAACGAGUUGUCCUUAGAACUGCUGCUUUUGCAAGUCAUUAUUCCGGCGUUGCUUGAACAGUCGCACACGCGCAUCUGGUUAAAGGGGCUGAUUCGUACUUGGUGUCGAGCGGUCGCGUGGGUACUUAAUAUACAUUCCUAUCUGCUGGGAAAUGGACAACAGGACAUUGACGGACCAGCUGCUCAACCUGUUGCCGAACCGGCCGGCGGAUUGGCAGCUGCUCAUCAAGCCUUGGUAAUGCGAGAAGGACCUACUGGGUUUCAACCGUACGACCGUCCUCGUUUUUUCGCAGCACGCAUUGUGGCACUUUUGAUUUUCGUAUGUAUAUCGUUGGUGUUGGCGAGUUUGGCCGCACUUACGAUACCGGUCUGGAUGGGACGUCGCGUGAUGGUGAUUUGGUUGAUGGGAUCCAUUCCUUCGGACCCCAAUUUUGUUACGACACCGACGCCUGCCGUCGCGAAGAUACACGAACUGUACACGGCCGCCUGCGGUACCUACAUCUGCUGGAUGAUCGCGAGAGCUAUCGCGAUAAUCCUAAGCUGGCUGCCGCAAGGGCGCGCGGCGAUGGUGGAACGUCUAAGGCAAUGGUGUAUUUUGGGUGCAAAGACUUGUGUCGCGAGCAUCUUGCUAAUCGGUCUAAUACCGCUUCUCUCCGGACUUCUGUUGGAAGUGGUCAUUAUAGUACCGUUACGUGUGCCAAUUUAUCAAACACCAAUUUUAUUCAUCUGGCAAGACUGGGCACUCGGCGUGCUAUACACAAAAAUCGCAUGUGCCAUUACGAUGAUGGGUCCUGAAUGGUUUCUGCGAACCGCCAUCGAACGCAUUUACCGUGACGGUAUACGCGAAAUGAAUCUAAUAUUUAUCAUUAAAGAAGUCGCGAUUCCGGUCAUAACUUGUUUCGGACUCGCGCUCGCAAUUCCAUACGCUUUGACGUACACUGUUGUACCACUGUUCGUUAGUAAUAUGCACAUGCGCAACUUAAUAGCACGUCGAAUCUAUCCGUUUUUAUUACUGAUUAUUAUUUGUGGCAUGGUGGUUACUCUACAAAUUAAACAGUUCAAGAAAUUGUACGAACACAUUAAAAAUGAUAAGUAUUUAGUUGGACAAAAACUGGUGAAUUACGAUCAUCGGCGGGCUAAAGCGCAAAGUAACACGCAGUAGCUAAUGAACUACGUUUAAUUUAUUUAUAAUUACAAAACUUUGUUGUUUUUCAUUAUGAAAUGAAUAAAUUGGUCUUGUUUAUUUUCUUUAUUAGAUGGUACUCUCUUGGUUUUUUGCAGAGCUAAUGUAAAUACAAACGUUACAAAAUUA